UUUGGCCUGUGUAUUCAUUUGCCUAAAACUAAUCAGAAUUCCAUUAUGUUUACAUAAAAAAGAGAAUACUUCAAAAUGAGAAGAUCCUGCCAUGGAAAAGACGACUGGGUGGACAUAAAGUGGAAAGGAGGGGAAAUAACUCCCAUCAUGCAGCAGGACACUUUCAGCUGCACGGUCUUUGUAAUGCAGAUGGCCAAGGAAGCUCAACAGAACUUCUCCAACAUCCCCUCCCAAACUGAUAUAGAAACAUCACAAAAACACAUGGAGCAACUGCGAAAAGAAAUGGCUGAGGAUAUCCUAAAAAUGUCUGAGUUCAACAAAGCUGCUUUAUGUGUGCCACUGAUAAAGAACCUGGAUGUGGCCCAAAGACUGACUGGAUUGAAUGUUUUUCAUGCCAACGGUGGUUCCAUGUGCUGUGCCUAGGAAUGAAGACAAAAGAGUGAUGAACACAAACUGGAAGUGCUGUCUGUUGUUGAAAAUGUAUGCUAUACUCCAUCUACAAUAUACCCUAUCCACACUGAAGAGGCUCUGAAAUGUACAUAAACCAGGGAUAAAGAGAGAAAAUUAACACAAAUGUUUUGUACUUAUUUGAAGUAAAGUGUCUGUUGACAUGUUGGAAAAGA